AUGCCCGUAGACGCAACCGCCGCCGCCCUGUCCUCCUUCAAGCUCGAGCGCGAUGCUCACUCCGUCAGAGUCGAGAACGUGCCCAUCGGCGUCUGCGGGCGGGAUGUCGUGGAGUUGUUUGGUAGCCUCGUGGGGAACAUCAAGACCGCUGAGAUUAACGACAACGAGCGUACUGUCUGUCUUACGUUUCACUCUCAAGACUUCGUCGCCAAAGCGCUUUGCAUGACAGGUUACACGAUCAAGGGUGCUCCCAUUACUGUCACGGGCAUGAACACCGCCCCGCCCUUCCGCCCUCCACCUCCAGAGAAGCGCAACGACACACGUCGUAACCUCUACGUGCUCGGCAUCCCCUUCGAUCUUACUAAGGCGGAGCUCACGUCGAUCUUCUCUUGCCAUGGGACGGUGAACCAUUGUGUGAUCCUAGCCACGGUGGACAACGCAUCUCGUCGUCGCGGCUUCGUCGUGAUGUCAAGUCACGCCCAGGCAAGGGCUGCGAUGGAUGCCAUCUCUCGGACGCACAUCCGCGGCUCUGUUGUCGACGUCUCAUGGGCAGUGGUGCAGCGGUCUCAGGGCUUCCUUGAUGGUGGCGACCGCAGCGUGGCUCUAGAGUCCCCGACCGAUCACUCCCCUCCCGCUCCGGCGAUGGAGUUCGCGUCCAACCAGGCGAUGCACCCGCGCGCUUCCAGCCGCGUUUUCGGCGACAUCGCCAAUGCCAGCCCGCCUGACUUUCACAACGUUCUGUCGCACACGCUUCAGCUUCGUUCGACCCUGCUCAUCUCGAACCUUCCGAAUCUCCUCUUCUCUCAGGAUUGCGACCUUGAGCCCCUCUUGUACCCGUACGGCAAGGUUAAGAAGAUCGAGCGCCAGCCAACGGGGCAGAAUGGGCUCUACUCUGCCGUCGUGAUCUAUGAGUCGCCCAGUGACGCGCAGGAAGCCUGCCAUGCGUUGCACGGUCAAGUCUACGGCAACAAUGCGCUGCUAGUCGAGAUGCUCGACAACCCCGCGGACAAGAUGCAGCCGCCUCUGCGCCCUAGCAGCAGCACCAGCUCGGGUUACCUGAACCCGUACGCUUCGCCGUUCGUGUAUGGCUUCCCACAAGUACCUGGGUCAGCGCCAGCCACUUGCGCGUCGUUCUCGUCUGACGGCGAUUACUUCACGCCCCGUACCGGGUCUAGCAGUUUCAUGACCCCUAGCACGGACUAUGCCGCACCUGUCCCGUCUCACUAUCGCUCGCUGCCUUCUUCGAACGGCCCCUCGCGUGCGAGCUCCGCCGCUUCGUGGGAGAGCUUCGACUCGAUGCCUGUAGACGCCACUCCCCGCGAUCGCCGCCCCGCACUCCAGCGCAACCUCACUAGCGACGCAACCAUGCCCCGCUGGUACUAG